AUGGGUUUCCUCCACAAUGGGGCUUUUUUUGUAUUAUUCGUGGUCAUUAUCAACAGCAUUGCUGAAAAAAGUGAUGGGUACGAACUACCCUAUCCUGCCUUACAUCUAGAAAUACCAUAUGCCGAUUACUACACGUUGUUGCGUAUAUUAUCGGUUUCUAAUCCAUUACUGAGCGAAUUUUACCAGAGAAAUUCCCCACAAGAUUAUAGGCCUACUAUGCCAAUUGCUGUGUUUCCAAAAAAUCAACAAUCUUCUAACGAAUAUGUUCAUCAAAAUAACCGACCAUUUUCUGGAAUUCUCCGAGGGCCUCCAGGGCCACCUGGCCGUCCCGGACCUCCAGGUCGGGAUAGCACAGCUUCACGCAUAGAUGCUUUUCCUUCAAAUGCAGAGUUCAGACAAAGUCCGGGACCACCAGGUCCACCUGGCCCACGAGGUGACCCAGGACCUCCAGGACCGAUGGGUUCAACCGGCCCAGCAUCGACGGCUCCUGGUCCUCGAGGUGAUACCGGUCCCCAAGGCGAUGCGGGACCACCUGGUGCAGAUUCAACUAUUGCUGGUCCACGUGGUGACGCAGGAACUCCAGGUCCUCCUGGC